AUGAUAAGAGAAAUAGUGCAACUGCGAUGGUCCACGUGGGUAGUACUUCCUCGCCUCCAGUGGGCCAAACGCCAAUCGCCAACGGCCAACGCCAACGCCACCCACGAGGACCCUUUUUCGCCCCCUUUGCUUUUGUGCCGCGCAUAUCUGGCCCGUCCCAUCUCCAGCCAACCUUUUUUGCUCGCUCUCGCACGAGUACCGUCAUUCGACGCAAUGCCUGCCCAAGGUGUCGCGGCCGUGCUCCCUCCCCAGCAGGGCGCUGGCCAGCAGCCCCAGCAAGGUAGCGGCUUCAACUUUCAACGGCUGCUUCUCGGCGCUGGUUUCUACCUCGCCGUCAAUGCCGGCCUGAGUUGGUAUACCCAAAAGGACCAGCGCGGUGUCACCGUCGACGAUCCCACUACGGGCAAACAGAUCCGCGUCACCUCCAACACGGGCGACAUUCCGGCCUUUCAGCUGCGCCCCAAGGAGCUCGACGAGGGCGCCGUGCGCGCCAUUUUGCCCAAGCUGGUCGCACCCAUCUGGCCCCAGGACAGCCACGUCGACAUUAUCGUAACCGUCUCGCCCUCGUCCCUGCCGGCCCCGAUCGACCAGACGCCUGCCGAGUAUGUCGUGCUCAACGAGAAGCGCUUCCACAUGGGCAACAGCUCCGACAAGCGCCACUUCGAUGGCAAGUUUGCGGUGCCCGCCGAGGUGCAGCACAACGGCACCCUUUGGGGCCACUUCUUCAUUGGCCUCGCCGGCAGCACCCUCGAUCCCCGCGACCCGACCUGGAACAGCGAUACCGCCUACCACAUGGCCUAUCCGCUAACGCAGUACCUUCCCAAGAAAAAGGUGGCCAAGAAGAGAAACCUGCUCGACGCGCGCAACGACAACGAGGAGGCCGAGCCCGAAGUGCCCGAACCCAAGACGCCCAUCAUCACGAACCAUUACCACCCAAAUGCCAGUCUUUCGUUUAUCCCGGGCGUCGGCGUCAAGGAACUUGCCUCCAUGCCCCCUCCUAUGAAGCAUUUUAUUCAUCUCGAGCGAAGCGGUGCCCGCGAUGGCACAGGCCAGAACGGCUGGUACUACCCGCUCAUGUUUGUCAAUACGUUUUGGCAGCUAACCAAGGACAUGGUUGCGCUCAACGACACAGUCAAGGAGCUUCCCAUUCGCAUCGAUCUCAGCAAUAUGGCUGCCUGGCAGUUUCAGAUCAUGGCCAACAUGGAGAUGAAUGCCAAGGAAAAUGCACGCCAGGCUGCCUUUGGCAAUCCCGUGCCCGGCACAGGCGAUGGCUCCGAGAUUGAGAUGGUCAAAGAAAUCCUCAUCGACAACAACCCCAUCCUGCUUGCCAUCACCGCCAUCGUCACCGUUGCGCACGUUAUUCUCGAGACGCUGGCAUUUGGCUCUGACAUUGCGCAUUACCGCAAGAAGAAGGACAAUGUCGGCAUUUCUGUGCGCUCCAUCCUGGCCAACGUCUUUAUGCAGGCAAUUAUUUUCUUGUACCUCCUCGACAACUCGCAAAACACUAGCUGGAUGAUUCUCGGCUCACAAGUCGUCGGUAUCGUCAUUGAAUUUUGGAAGAUCACUACCGUCGUUGACGUCCGAUGGCGCGCUACACCGCCCGGAUCCUGGGUUCCUUACUGGUUCGUGUUUGAGGACAAGCACAAGCUUACCGACACGGAAGAGAAGACCAAGGAAUACGACCAGAUUGCCUUCAAGUACAUGUACAUUGUGGCCGUGCCUCUGCUCAUCGCCUAUGGCAUCUACUCGCUCAUGUACGAAAGUCACAAGUCGUGGUACUCGUUCAUCAUCACCACGCUCGUCGGCUCUGUCUACACGUACGGAUUCCUCAUGAUGGUGCCCUCGCUGUACAUCAACUACCGUCUGAAGAGCGUCGCCCACUUGCCUGGCAAGGCCAUGAUGUACAAGUUUCUCAACACCUUCAUUGACGAUCUCUUCGCCUUUACCAUCAAGAUGCCCCUCCUGCAUCGCCUCGCAACGUUCCGCGACGACAUCAUCUUCUUCAUCUACCUGUACCAGAAGUGGGCUUACAAGACGGACUAUUCGCGUGUCAAUGAGUUUGGCCAGGGCGGUGACGACGAUGAGCCGCCCAAGCUGGCAGAGCAGGAGGCGAAGAAGGACAAGGUCACCGUGGAGGCCAAGAAACAGGCUGUCAGCGAGAUUCUGGAGGAGAGGGCCAAGGUCAAGGCCAGCGGUGCUGAUACCGGCGCUGCGACCAAGAGAAAGUGA